CAAAUAUCACCUCUCUAAUGAGCAGCUGUUGAAUAUGCCAUUGUGAACGACAUCGAACGCAACGAGUCGGGAUUUCCAAACGAACAAUUAAUAUCGGAUCUUCACAUCUAUGGUGAUACAUCAAGUGCAUAUCAAUUUAAAAACGUGCUCCCUCUAAGCCUGAGGAUCGCAGCUUCUGCAGCAAGCACAUAUUCAAGCUACAAGGCUAUGCAAACUGCCGACGACACCACAUCCCAUGCAUUAAACCCCAACGUCCUAUCAGCCGCAUCGUGCACAUUUACACGACGAGCACACGUUCUCAGACAGGCCCUCAGCAAUCCUCAGGGGAAACCCCAAUUCAAACCAUGGCACAAAUGCCACACCUUGCGGCCCCCAAGCCCAACCGUCCCGCAAAAUUCACCAUGCCCUCCUCCCCAUCCUCAUCCUCCAACGCCUCUGACGACGACGACGACGAAGUAGACUCCGAUACACCCCUCCCCUUCCCCACCGCGCUCCCACGCACAGAUUUCCUCGCGCCCAACUUCAGCGCAGCAGAAUAUCUCUCCUCCCUCCCGCACCGCCACCAAACCCUCGAAGACCUACGCUCCGAUCUGCGCGAUCGCAGCGCCGCCAUCGGGACCGAGCUCCUCGAGCUCGUGAACGCGAAUUAUUCGUCCUUUUUAGGUCUAGGGGAUGAAUUACAUGGCGGCGAGGACAGGGUUGAAGAUGUUCGUGUUGCGCUGCUUGGAUUCAGACGUGCGGUCGAGGAAGUUAGGUCUCGGGUGAAAGAUCGCGGGGCGGAGGUGAGGGGUUUAACGAGAGAGUUGGGAGUUGUUAGGGGAGAGAUUGAGAUGGGACGGAAGAUGAUUGAGUUGGAUGAUAGGAUAGUUGCGCUUGAAGCGAGGCUUGCGGUCGGGAGUACGGGGGAGAGCGAAAGUGAGGAUGACGACGACGAGGACGAUGAAGAAGGCGAGGAAGGAGGGACAGGUGUCACGAAAUUAACUCUGUUGGCGGGGGAUUAUGUCGCCGCGGAUGAACUUGCCGAUGAGAUUGGACGGGAUACGCCGAUAGUGAGGAAGAUGGAGGAGAGGAUGAUUAGGUGUCGGAAUACGCUCCUCUUGGAUCUCAAUGCUGCGCUGAAGGAGGCUAGAAAAGCUGGGACGACGGGACGCGCGAGGCUGCUUAGGCUUAUGGGGGUUUAUGUCACGCUGGAUGCGCAGGGUGAAGCGCUGAAGGCGUUGAAGGGGAAAUGAGGAUUGUGCGAUGGAUACUGUCCAUUUAUUUUACCCUUUGAAACGUAUAUACGUAAAACGCGCAGUUAGAUACCCCAUGCAUGCACAAAUUCCCAUUAGAUUGGAGCGAGGGAGAUAAAGGUUGUAGAACAAGAUGACUU